AUGUAUUAGCAAAUGUGGUCUCAUCUUUAGCUCGUUUCUAUAUUUUCAUUGAUGUACUCUCUUAUAUUGAUUCUAUUAUUGCUAAUGAAAUGUCAUGAGUUUCUUUCUUUAAAAAAAAAAGGCCAAAUUUCACACACUCACAGAUAAAGAACAACAAUUUGGGUAUAUUAAUAAUUUUUUCAUAGCAUUUUUUUCCUUGAUCCUCAUCCAUCCACACAAUCACCAUAUCUCCCACGCAACUCUACUCUCCUGUCCAUCACUCCAUGUACACACUAAACUCCAACCCACUAUUCAACCCCGCCACACCUUCCUUCUCCUCCAAUCAUGUUCCUCCACGCGUCACCUUCCCUCCACAUUAUAAAUAUUGCGCCACCCACACCAACACUAACACCAAACUCUUCACAACAAAAAUGGCCAUUGAAACAGAAACCCAAACCCAAGCUCAAACCGGGUUUAAACUACUUGGCUUCAAAAACUUCGUUCGAGCCAACCCAAAAUCAGACCGGUUCAAAGUAAAACGCUUCCACCACGUCGAAUUUUGGUGCACCGAUGCAACUAACACUGCACGCCGUUUCUCUUGGGGACUUGGAAUGCCUAUCGUCGCUAAAUCAGACCUCUCCACCGGAAACCUAAAACACGCUUCUUAUCUCCUCCGUUCCGGCGACCUCAAUUUUCUCUUCUCCGCCGCAUAUUCCCCUUCCAUUUCACUCUCUUCACCUUCCUCAACCGCCUCCAUUCCUACCUUCGACGCUUCCACUUGCUUCGCUUUCUCCGCUUCCCACGGCCUCGCCGUUCGCGCCGUCGCAGUUGAAGUCGAAGACGCUGAACUCGCUUUCACUACAAGCGUAAACCACGGCGCUAUCCCGGUGGCUCCUCCCGUUAACCUCGAAAAUGGCGUAAAACUCGCUGAAGUUCGUCUCUAUGGUGACGUCGUUUUACGUUAUGUCAGUUACAACAACCCGAACGAUAAUCCGAACCAGAAUCCGGACCCGAACCACCGGUUCCUCCCUGGUUUUGAAUCUGUAUCAGACGAAUCAUCUAACUCAUCACUAGACUUUGGAAUCCGAAGACUAGACCACGCCGUUGGAAACGUACCGGAACUUUCAUCGGCGUUGAAAUACUUAAAAGAAUUCACUGGUUUUCACGAAUUUGCUGAGUUUACAGCAGAAGACGUUGGAACGAGUGAGAGUGGUUUGAACUCAGUAGUGCUAGCAAACAAUGAAGAAACGGUGUUGUUUCCGAUGAACGAACCGGUUUAUGGAACGAAGAGGAAGAGUCAGAUAGAGACUUAUUUGGAACACAAUGAAGGUGCUGGAUUACAGCAUUUGGCAUUGAAGUCAGAAGAUAUAUUCAGAACAUUGAGAGAGAUGAGGAAGAGAAGUGGUAUUGGUGGAUUUGAGUUUAUGCCUUCACCUCCACCGACUUAUUAUCGGAAUUUGAAGAAUCGCGUUGGUGAUGUUUUGAGUGAUGAACAGAUUAAGGAGUGUGAGGAACUUGGGAUUUUGGUUGAUAGAGAUGAUCAGGGUACUCUGCUUCAGAUUUUUACUAAACCUAUUGGAGAUAGACCAACCAUAUUUAUAGAGAUAAUUCAGAGAGUUGGAUGCAUGCUGAAGGACGAGGAAGGGAAGGAGUACCAAAAGGGAGGAUGUGGGGGCUUUGGAAAAGGAAACUUCUCAGAGCUUUUCAAAUCCAUUGAAGAAUAUGAGAAAACUUUGGAAACUAAAAGAGCUGCAUAAUACAUGUUGUGAUCUUGUGUAGUGCUUCUUCUUUUCCAAUAAGUCAUUUGGUUACUACUACACAAUACUAAUAAUCUCCACUGAUCUUCUCAUGUUUUCUUUGAUCAAAUGGUGUCUGGGAGUUUGGAUCUCUUGGAACAAGGUUGUUCUUAAUGUAAAUCUACACGUGUAAACGGACAAAUAAUAAAUGUUUUAGAUCUUGAUAUUUAGUUAGAAAACAUACUUUAAAAUUUAAACACAAUAAACAUUAUCUCUAAUUAUAUAUAUGAAGAAUUGCUCCA